CGUAAUUAACAUUAGUGAUUAAUAUUGAAGGUUAAUCAGAAAUUGUCAGAAAUAUAAACGCAAGUGAAUCUCCUAGAAAACUUAUGAUGACAGAAAUAGGGAAUAAAGGAAAAGCGGAAAUAUUUACUUAUGAGAAUCAUGACGAUUCAACAGAUUGUUCUGAAGACUCAGAUAGUCAACAAGAGCCGAAUUUCGGUUUAUUAUUCGAUAUUGACGGAGUACUUGGUCGUGGAUUAGAAGUUUUGCCUCAAGCAGCCGAAGCAUUCAAAUUAUUAUGUGAUCCUGAUAAAAAAGAAUUACGUGUUCCAGUUGCGUUAGUAACUAAUGGAUCUGGAGAUGCUGCAACAAAAGUACAAAUGGUUUCUAAAUGGUUCGGCAUAAAUAUACAUCCAGAUCAAGUUAUUCUAGCGCCUAGUCCAUUGUCAGUUUACAAAGAAUAUCAUGAUAAAUGUGUAUUAUUUAUUGGACAAGGGAAUAUUAUUAAAUUGGCGAACGAUCUUGGAUUCACGAAUGUUGUAACACUAGAGGAUGUACAAGCUGCUUAUCCACUGUUAGAUAUGGUAGAUCACGAACAUCGGAGACAUAUUAUUAAUAAUCCACCGAAACCAAAACCAAUGAAGAGAAUUGAAGCUAUAAUUUUAACUGGUGAACCAGCAAGAUGGGAGUCGAGUUUACAAUUAUUAGUUGAUUUAUUAAUGACUGAUGGUAAACCAGAUGAAGUACCAGAAACAUUUCCUGAAGAACAUUUACCAAUAAUUGCAUGUAAUAUGGAUUUAGUUUAUAUGGAUAAAGCUGCAUUGCCUAGAUUUGGUCAUGGUGCAUUUUUAAUUUGUUUACAAACAUUAUAUAAUCAAUUAACUGGUUAUAAAUUACGUUAUACAUCAUUAUUGGGUAAACCAAGUGAAAUAACUUUUCGAUUUGCUGAACAUAUACUUACUUUAACUUCAAAACGUAUGGGAUAUAAAAGACCGAUAGAUCGUUUAUUCUUUUUUGGUGAUAAUCCAGAUGUUGAUGUUUUGGGUUCAAAUCUGUACAAUAAUUUUUUACGUCGAUUUCGUCAUGUCUCCGGUGGUGAUAAGUCUCCAACGGAAGGACAUAGUCAAUAUAAAAAAGUGUCGGUAGCACAAUCACGUACUGUACCACCGGAUGCAGCGUUUCUUCCUCAAACUGCUAAAGGAAUUGAUUCUGUAUUAGUUAGAACUGGUGUAUACAAACCAACAGAUAGAACAAGAGUACAUUAUUGUCAUCGUGAUUUUCAAGGUGCAGCUGAUCUUGUUUUACCAACAUUUGAAGUUGAAGAUUGUCUUGAAGGUGUUCAAUUAAUUUUAAAUUUACAAAAAUUUCAUCCUGAUAAACAAAUAGCAAAAUAA